AAUAACAAACGUAAUAAAAUCAUGGCCAUUCAUGGGGAGAUAUUUUUGAAAACAGACUGAAGGAAAUCAAUGUAAUUUAUCAUGAAUAUUCUGCAGGCACAUUGUGUACGGCGUACACUCCUUAGAAGCACCAAGAUUGUAGAAGCAUUCUCAACCCAAUGUUCCUAUCCAAGUUAUGUUAAAGUAGUUGAAGUUGGACCCCGUGAUGGUUUACAAAAUGAAAAGAAAUUUAUUCCAACUGAGUCUAAAAUCAAGUUUAUCGAUAUGCUGUCAAAUUCUGGUCUACCAGUUAUUGAAGUCACAAGCUUUGUAUCACCAAAAUGGGUUCCACAGAUGAAGGACCAUCAAGAAGUUAUGCGAGGAAUCCAUAAGAAUCCUGAAGUGUCAUAUCCUGUUCUGACUCCAAAUAUUCAAGGAUUCAAUUCUGCUGUAGAAUCUGGUGCUGAGGUUGUGGCUAUUUUUGCAGCUGCAUCGGAAACCUUUAGCAGAAAGAAUCUCAAUUGCUCAAUAGAUGAAAGCCUCAAACGCUUUGAAAAAGUCAGUGAUGCAGCUGUGGAUAAAAUGGUCAAAAUUAGAGGAUAUGUUUCUUGUGUUGUUGGCUGCCCUUAUGAGGGAGAAAUAAAGCCAGAAGCUGUUACAAAGUUAACACAGACCCUUAUUGACAUGGGGUGUUAUGAAGUGUCGCUUGGGGAUACAAUUGGUGUUGGAACACCAGGAUCAUUUGAAAGACUACUGGAAGAUGUCACAAAAGUUGUGUCUCCAUCUCGAUUAGCUCUGCACUGUCAUGACACUUAUGGACAAGCUUUGUCAAACAUUUUGACUGGAUUAAAGUUUGGCAUAGCAACAGUUGAUUCUUCGACAAGUGGUCUUGGUGGUUGCCCUUAUGCUAGAGGUGCUUCUGGAAAUGUUGCUACAGAGGAUGUAUUAUACAUGUUACAUGGGAUGGGAAUUGAGACAGGUGUUGACCUGGAGAAGAUCAUUGAAGCAAGUAAUUAUAUUUCAUCAAUUCUUGGAAAACCAACUGCAUCAAAAGUGACUGUAGCUCACAACAGCAAAUUAUGAUACCAGGACAUGAAGAUAUUGUAAAUAAAUAUUAGAACUAGAGUAGAAUCUAGAUCAAUCUUUUAUAUUUCUCUGCAGUAAACUGCUGUGGUAAACUGCAGUGGUAACACGUUCGUAAACAAUUAAACAGGUUUGUAAA